AGCCCCGCGAGUGGCGCGCCGGGGAUGUGAGUGCCCCUUGCCCUCUACGGCACCUAGCCCCCUCCCUGCCCACGGCCUCCGCUUUUGCAUUUUUACAGUAAUCCGACUGGGCCCGCGCCCCUCCUCCCGUCAGCCAGCGAAAGAGGCCGUUUGCAUCCCGGUCAGCCUGACUGCGUUGGCCUCGGUUCUGGCCGAGCGGCUAGGGAGGCCCGCCGCGCCCCCUCGGCCCGCGCGCCUGUAGCUGCAGCGGAAGAGGCCCCCGCGCCGCGCCGCUGUCCGGAGGGGCCAACGCGCGCCCGCUUCCUGUUCGGCUGCUUCCAGCCAGCUCGAGGACAAAACACGCGUGCGCGCGGCGGACGGCAGGGCGCGCUCGCCGCCUCAGCCACCGGCGCUGGGCGCAGUCCGCCUUUUUCCGGAGCAGCGCGGCCCCGGUACCAAUCGAUAGCAGCAGCUCCGCACUGGGGGACCGAGGGCGGAAAAAGGCGGGGUUGACGGCUCUUUGCUGGGAGUGGGCUGGACCGGACGCCAGAGACAAAGGCUCUCAAGGCAAGAGGGGCUGUGACGCUGCUCGGGAUUUUUGACCCAGGACUUUUCGCCCCUUCGUUUUUCUCUUCUGACGCUCUUUUCCCAAGCCCGCGUCCCUUCACCUGCGACCUCGUUCCUCAGCGGAAGGGCCGCGAUGGAGGUCCCGCCCCGGCUUUCCCAUGUGCCGCCGCCAUUGUUCCCCUCCGCUCCCGCUACUUUAGCCUCCCGCAGCCUCUCCCAUUGGCGGCCGAGGGCGCCGCGGCAGCUCGCCCCACUCCUCCCUUCGCUCGCUCCCAGCUCCGCCCGGCAGGGGGCGCGCCGGGCCCAGCGCCACGUCACCGCCCAGCAGCCCUCCCGAUUGGCGGGUGGGGCGGCUAUAAAGGGAGGGCGCAGGCGGCGCCCGGAUCUCUUCCGCCGCCAUUUUAAAUCCAGCUCCAUACAACGUUCUGCCGCCGCUGCUGCCGCGACACGGAUUGCACGCCAGCGCCUCCCGGCCGAUAACUCAGCCGCUAUGGAAGACAUGAACGAGUACAGCAACAUAGAGGAAUUUGCAGAGGGAUCUAAGAUCAACGCGAGCAAGAAUCAGCAGGAUGACGGUAAAAUGUUUAUUGGAGGCUUGAGCUGGGAUACAAGCAAGAAAGAUCUGACUGAAUAUUUGUCUCGAUUUGGGGAAGUUGUAGACUGCACAAUUAAAACAGAUCCAGUCACUGGAAGAUCAAGAGGAUUUGGAUUUGUGCUUUUCAAAGAUGCUGCUAGUGUUGAUAAGGUUUUGGAAAUGAAAGAACACAAGCUGGAUGGCAAAUUGAUAGACCCUAAAAGAGCCAAAGCUUUAAAAGGGAAGGAACCCCCUAAAAAGGUUUUUGUGGGUGGAUUGAGCCCAGAUACUUCAGAAGAACAAAUUAAAGAAUAUUUUGGAGCCUUUGGAGAGAUUGAAAAUAUUGAACUUCCCAUGGAUACAAAAACAAAUGAAAGAAGAGGAUUUUGUUUUAUUACAUAUACAGACGAAGAGCCAGUAAAGAAAUUGUUAGAAAGCAGAUAUCAUCAAAUUGGUUCUGGGAAGUGUGAAAUCAAAGUUGCACAACCCAAAGAGGUAUAUAGGCAGCAACAGCAACAACAAAAAGGAGGAAGAGGUGCUGCACCUGGUGGACGAGGUGGUACUAGGGGUCGUGGCCGAGGUCAGGGCCAAAACUGGAACCAAGGAUUUAAUAACUAUUAUGAUCAAGGAUAUGGAAAUUACAAUAGUGCCUAUGGUGGUGAUCAAAACUAUAGUGGCUAUGGCGGCUAUGAUUAUACUGGGUAUAACUAUGGGAACUAUGGAUAUGGACAGGGAUAUACAGACUACAGUGGCCAACAGAGCACUUAUGGCAAGGCAUCUCGAGGGGGUGGCAAUCACCAAAAUAAUUACCAGCCAUACUAAAAGGGGACGUUGGAGAAAACAGGUGUGUAUAAGAGUUCAAGACACCAGUGGAAAUUCUAAUUUAAUUUAAAGAUCAAUAGACAAAUGAAAAAUAAGUGAAAACAAAAUAUCAUGUAGCCUGUUUUUACUAAAUUGUUAAUUUUUUACUUGCUUUAUGAACCUGUUUUGCCUAAAGUGUCUAUAGAUCUUUAACUUUAAAGUUUUAUCUCACUUUCUUUAGUAUUACAGAAAAACUUAAGAGUUUUUCUGUUUGCUUUGUGUACCAGGUGGUCUAGAGGAAUAAUUAAACUUUUUUAGAACUAUUAACAGGUAAAGUACUGAAAUGGGUACAACUUAAGGAAAACAGGAAUGUUGUCUUCUAACUCUGACAUUAUACCUUGUUUGUACCCGCCAGCGGGAACUUCAUUGCAGGCCGUGUGUCACCCUGACCACGUCUAUCUCUGGGGGUCGCACGUUGCGGGCAGAGCGCAAGGCAUACACCAGAAAACGCUGUCCUGUGGUAUGGUCUCUUCCAACUUCAUGUACCAGCGUAAAGAUUAAAGUGGAAAACUUCAGACUUUGGCUUCUUUUUUAAUCUUUUUGAAGAUUAAGUGUCUAAACUUAACUUAAAUGGUUUUUUACAGGAGUUAAAGUACAUAAAUGCCUUUUUACAGCUUAAUCAUUUUGGUCUUCUGUUUAGUGUUGUAUUUCAAUUGUGGAGCCUCAUUUUAAGUGUUCAUUUAAGAUUUAAUGCUUGCUUUUUCUUUUUAUAGCUAAUAGUGAAAUCUACAAACCAAAACAAGAACUUUAAAAUCUGGGAUAUAAAUUAAAGAUCAUAUGCACACAGAAAUUUGUUUUCUUGUAAUACAAGCCUAUUAGAAAUCCAUGUUUGUAAUAGCAUUGUACGUGGCUUACUAGAGAUGUUUCUAGUAGACCUUGAACCUAGCACAGUUCAACCUGUGAAUAUGGGAAGACUGCAUUCCCAGAUUUUCUAAGUAAAUUUAUUUUAAUAUCAUUUGGGAACUUCAGGGUAAAUUUAUUAAUUACCCGAACUGCGUUUUGCCAAUGAAUUUGCAUGUGAUCUUUAAUUAUUGAAGAAAAGAAUAAAGUGAGAACUUAAAACAAUUCAUGAAAGUGGACCUUUGAAAGCUUGUCAGAGUUGCACAAAUCUAAUUGCCAUUUUGUUUUUGUUUUUAGGGAGAGAUUGCUAAAGUAACCCAUCUUGCAGGACGACAUUGAAGAUUGGUCUUCUGUUGAUCUAAGAUGAUUAUUUUGUAAAAGACUUUCUAGUGUACAAGACACAACUGUGUCCAACUGUAUAUAGCCGCCAGUUAGUUUUUGUUUUUACUUUGUCUUUUGCUAUCUGUGUUAUGACUCGACGUGGAUUUGUGUUUAUACAAAUUUUAUUUGUAUGAUUUCAUGUUAAACCUCAAAUAAAUGCUUCCUUAUGUGAUUGUU